AUGACAGUUACCAUAUUACCAUUUAUACAAGCCCAAAUUACUCGUUAUGGAAUGUCUACUUUGGUGAUUUUAGGGAAUAUUGGAAAUAUUCUUAUUAUCAUUUUAUUUUAUCAGCGUCGUAAAAAUUCAUGUGCAAUGUAUUUAUUAUGUGUAGCAAUCUUAAACAGUGCAUCGCUCACGUGUACUAGUGUAAUAAAUGUUUAUGCACUUGAUUAUGGUGAUCCAACAGCUCGGUCUCUUUUCUUCUGUAAACUUCGAUUGUAUGUUACACAUAUAUGGAAUCAAUCAAGUCGAUAUCUUACGGUACUUGCAUGUAUUGACAGAUAUAUGUGGACAAGAGAUGAUGCUCAUACAAGAUUCAUGAAUCGAUCAUCAACUUCUCGUUAUCUUGCAGCAAUCGUGAUUUUAUUCUGGCAUAUUUUUCCUAUCCAUAUAGCUGUUUUAGCAACAAUUAAUAAUGGAAAAUGUAGUGAAUUUGGAGUUUAUUAUGUUAUUUAUCAAGUAUAUAGUGCAAUUUCUCUUGGUUUAAUUCCUCCAAUCUCAAUGAGUAUAUUUGGUUUUUUAGCUUAUCGUAAUAUGGAAAAACUACAUUUACGUGUGCGACCAAUUGGUAAUAAUGGUGAUCAUAAUGGUAGAAUUCAUCACCGUGAUCGUGAUCUAUUAUUGAUGGUAUUAACUGAAGUGGUUGUUUAUGUUUUGACAACAAUUCCAUAUCCAUUUAUUCUUCUAGAAAUUGCAGUAACAAAUUAUAUGAGUGUUAUUAAAUCUGCUGAACGUGCUGAAAUUGAAAAUUUCCUUAACUCUAUUACAUUAACACUUUUCUAUCUUACGAAUGGUUCUCCUUUUUAUACAUAUUUUGCUGUAUCAAAAGCAUUUCGAAAAGAUUGUAAGACACUCUUUAUGAGAUGGAGAAAUCGUGCAGUUAGACCAUUAACUAUGAAUCAAAUUCCAAGAGCCAGACAACUGCAAAUAUAA